AUGAAGAGGAUCCCACGUAAAAAAAGGUCCCUUACUGCUGCUGAACAAGGGAAGACAUCUGAUCAAUCGUUCUUGGUUGUCUCAUAUGCUACCUGUGAGGCAUAUGACUUAGAGGCUUUGAGCUCCGAUCUCCGAAGUGGAGGCCUCUAUAGACCUGUCUUUGAGCAGGAUGCAGAAGUUCUUCAAGAAAUGGAAAUUGUGCACAUGAGAGCCACCUAUCAGAUAGAGGAGGAACCAAGGGAAAUUUUCUUCUUUCCAGAAGGCUCAGUUGUGUUUUGGAAUGUUUCAGUACUGGAGCGUCUGAGUGUCCUGAAGACCAUCAGGGCGCAUGAAACAGGAAGUUACCCUGAAAGCAUGGUCCUUGAAGAAGUUGAAAUACUCCAUUACCUAAAUGCUCCAAAUGUGAACAAAACCAGGUUUAAUAAUGGGAAGAUCCAAUUUUGUGGGAAGACUGGGAGUGCAUUGGAGAAAUACACCUUCUCAAAUGCUCUGGCUCUAUCUGUGAAGCUGGGGAUUUGGGAAGCUAUGUUGUCAGAAUAUGCUGACAGCAUUGAGUUCAUCCAUGAUGACAUGAAGAAGCGUGCACGCAUUCGGAUCUCACGCUCAGAAGUUCUGCAGAAAAUGGGAGCUCUGUUUGCCCUCAGACAUGGCAUAAACUUAGGCACUGAUCUUCUUGACACCCCAGAUUUCUAUUGGGACAGGGAGGACCUAGAAGUUCUGUAUAGAAAGACAUGCAAUAACCUCAGUAUCACACAGAGGACUCGAGUGAUGAAUGAGAAGUUGAAUCACUGCUGUGAAUUAAUGGAACUUCUUGGAACACACUUGAAUGAUUUGCAUCAUGUCAGGCUUGAACUUAUGAUCAUUGCUCUCAUCAUGAUAGAAGUCAUUUUUGAGCUUUUGCAUUUCUUUGCCAGAUGA